UGGGGCGCGCAUCACACUUUUAACCACAAACGUGUUCACCCACCACCGACGUGCUCCCCCACCACCGACGUGCACACCCACCACCGACGUGCUCACACCCACCACCGACGUGCUCACACCCACCACCGACGUGCUCACACCCACCACCGACGUGCUCAUCCACCACCGACGUGCUCACCCACCACCGACGUGCUCACACCCACCACCGACGUGCUCACACCCACCACCGACGUGCUCAUCCACCACCGACGUGCUCACCCACCAUCGACGUGCACACCCACCACCGACGUACGUUGAUCAAAUUCAAUAA